AUGGAGGUUUUGUUUCCUUUCUCAAGGGCCGUGUCAGUGGCAGCGUCUGUGAGAGACUCUGCCUCUAUACUGCCUUCUCUGUGGAAAAGGCAAGUGGCUAUGUCUGAGGCUAUGAGAGCGCUUCAAACCUGGGCUCCUCACACGAAGGGCUUGAGGCUGGCCCCGGUGCCAGGACUUUCAUGUGCCGGGUUGGGGAUCCUGUUGUUCUUGGUACUGAUUUCUCUGCCAAGCCUGUACGGUGACCUGGGCUCACUACAUCACUCUUCCUAUGAAAUAGUCAUUCCCAAGAGUCUGACAGUGGAAGGAAGGGAAGACCAAGUGGAAAAGCUCUCCUACGUGCUAUUUAUGCAGGGCCAGAGGCAGCUGAUUCACCUGACGGUGAAGAGAGACUAUUUUGUGGAUAACUUCCCGGUCUUCAGCUACCACAAUGGCAUCCUGGGGCAAGAAAUGCCUCCCGUCUCGCAGGACUGUCACUAUGAAGGCUACAUAGAAGGAGUCCCAGGUUCUUUCGUUUCUGUCAACACCUGUUCAGGCCUCAGGGGCCUCCUGAUUAAGGAGGAAAAGUCCUAUGGCGUUGAGCCCGUGCACUCUUCCAAACGGUUUGAACACGUGUUGUACGCCAUGGCCCACGAAGCUCGCGUCUCCUGUGGCGUCACGUCCAAAGACAGCCAAGUGGCGUCCACCAGCCGGCGACCGGAGAGCGGCAAGCCUCACAGCUGGCAGGUGCCGUCCGACUUGUGGUCACAUAUCAAGUACGUGGAGAUGUUUGUCGUGGUCAACAACCAGCGGUUCCAAAUGUGGGGCAGUGACGUCAAGCAGACAGUCCAGAGAGUAAUGGACAUCAUCGCUCUGGCCAACAGCUUCACAAGGGGAAUAAACACAGAGGUGGUGCUGGCCGGAAUGGAGAUCUGGACUGAGGGGGACCUCACAGAGGUCCCCGUGGACCUGCAAGUUGCACUCAGGAAUUUCAACAGCUGGAGACAAGAGAACCUCUUCCAUCGUGUCAAGCAUGAUGUUGCCCACAUGAUCGUGGGACAGCAUCCUAAAGAGGAUACGGGGCAGGCAUUUCUCAGUGGUGCCUGCUCCAGUGAUUUUGCAGCAGCCGUGGAAUCUUUCCACCACGAGGAUGUCCUCCUGUUUGCAGCACUCAUGGUCCACGAGCUUGGACACAACUUGGGUAUUCGGCACGACCAUUCGGCCUGCAUUUGUAAAGACAGGCCCUUCUGCCUCAUGCAUGAAAACAUCACUAAAGAAAGUGGCUUCAGCAACUGCAGCUCUGACUUCUUCCACCAGUUCCUCUGGGAACACAAGGGGGCCUGCCUGUUUAACAAGCCUGGGCACAAAGGCCGCUUACGGAGGGCUUCCCGCUGUGGCGACGGCAUUGUAGAAGGACCUGAGCAGUGUGACUGUGGGUCUAAGUGUGAAAUGCACCCAUGCUGUGACACCAGAUGUAUGCUGAGAGAGCAUGCAGAAUGUAGUGAUGGACUCUGCUGUGAUAAAUGUCGCCUGAGAUACAAGGGAUUCAUGUGCCGUGCUGCUUUGGGAGAGUGUGACCUCCCAGAGUAUUGUAAUGGUUCCUCGGGAGAAUGUCCCAGAGACAGCUAUAAGCUAGAUGGUACAAUGUGUGAUAGAAUUCACUACUGUGCUGGAGGUCGGUGUAAGAACCCUGACAAUCAAUGCAUGGAUAUCUACGGGUCCCCUGCAAGGUCCGCCCCAGAAAAGUGUUACGUUUCAAUGAACACAAGAGGGGACCGGUUUGGAAACUGUGGUACCACCAGCUCACCGAGGUUAACAUAUCUGAAGUGUGCAGAUGAUAACAUAUUUUGUGGGAAACUUAUAUGUACAAAUGUUAGAGAGGUGCCACAAAUCAAACCCAAUCAUACACUGAUCCAGGUCGCUCACAACGAUGACUGGUGCUGGAGCAUGGAUGCCUAUGACACUGCUGAUAUCCCUGAUGAUGGAGAUGCACACACUGGCACUCUCUGUGCCCCACACAAAGUCUGCAUGAAUCACCUGUGUACUGAUCACACCUCACUUGGGUACAGCUGUGAGACAACAGAAUUGUGUAACGGGAAAGGAGUUUGCAACAAUUUUAGGCACUGCCAUUGUGAGGAAGGCUAUGCGCCCCCUGACUGCAAAGAUCCAGGAGACGGUGGUAGUGUAGACAGUGGUCCUCCUAGCACAUCAAUUCAACUUUCAAGUGAAGGUCAAAGUGAAACUCCUAAGAAACGUAGUGAUGACAUUCCAGGUCUUGGCAACAUUUUUUUCAUACUCCCUUCCCUACUUUUACUACUUUUGAUAAUUGUUAUGUUAUUUAUUAGCCUCAGGACUGGAAUUGAGUCAGUAGAGACCCCAGGGGUUUCCUCAGAGGAGAAUUCAGAGGAAAGCAGUAGUGAGGUAUUCAUAAUGGAGUUCCUCCCAGUCGUGAUAGAAGAGGAGGCAGGAGAGGGCCCCCCAUCAGGGCAGGGCCCCCUACCAGAGCAGGGGCCCCCACCGGAGGCGCCCCCACCGGCGGCGCCCCCACCGGAGGCGCCCCCACCGGCGGCGCCCCCACCGGCGGCGCCCCCACCGGAGGCCCCACCACCAGGACAGCCAGCAUCAUAA